CCCCUCCUCGCGGCCAACGAGCGAUUUUGGCCUUCCUUUCUCUCUUCCCCUUCACCUCCUCCGCGCCGACCUUCUCCCGGCUCCCCGCGGCGUAUCCUGCCCCGCUUUGUGGCCCCAACAGCGCCUCGCCACGUGGACGCCCGCCAGCCCUCGCUCCCCUGACUCCUGUCCUUUUUCCUGCCUCUCCGGGGCUCUCAUGGCGGAGCUGGCCGCGGCGGAGGUCUACGCCGCCGCCGGGCGGAGGACGACGACGGGGCAGGCGUGGCGGACGGUGCUGGGCUGGCUGGGAUUCCUGUUCCAGAUCCUGCUCCAGAUCCUGAGAGGCACGCCGUCUUGGGCUCAGGUGCUCUCCUUCGUCGGCCUCCGCCACCCCCUCCUCUCCUCCUCCUCCUCCUCCUCCCCGGCCUUCAAGCCCCUCCCCGCCGAGGCACCCAACGACACCCCGCCCCCGCCUCCCCCGGAGGUUCUCGAUAAGCUCACGGUAGUGCUUGACUUGGAUGAGACUUUAGUAUGUGCAUACGAGACAUCUAGCCUGCCUGCUGUUGUGCGUAGCCAGGCUGUUGAAGCUGGUCUCAAGUGUUUUGAGCUGGAAUGCAUAUCAAUAGAUAAGGAGGUUGAAGGAAAACAAAAGGUGAAUCAUGUUACUGUGUUCGAGCGUCCUGGUUUGCAAGAGUUCCUACAGCAAAUUAGUGACUUUGCAGACCUUGUUCUCUUUACUGCUGGUCUUGAAGGUUAUGCUAGACCACUUGUUGAUAGAAUUGAUAUUGAAAAUAGAUUUAGUCUUCGUCUUUAUCGGCCUGCAACAGUUAGCACGGAAUACAGGGAACAUGUCAAGGAUCUUACUUGCCUAUCAAAAGAUCUAUGCCGAACUGUUCUUGUUGAUAACAACCCGUUCAGCUUCUUGCUGCAGCCAUUGAAUGGAAUACCAUGUGUUCCAUUUUCUGCUGGACAGCCUUAUGAUGAGCAGCUUAUGGCGGUUGUUUUUCCUCUUCUUAAGCACCUCUCUCUCCAGAAGGAUGUCAGGCCUGUACUACAUGAAAGAUUUCAUAUGCCCGAGUGGUUCCAAAAGCAUGGGAUCCCUCCCUCUAAUCAGACUUUGUGAUGUUUCCUGAAUAGAAUUAAGAAGCUAUGGCUCUUCGAGCACCUGAACUGACAGAUGCCUGCUGUGCCACGAUGCCAUCCGAUCCCUGGAAUGCCUGUACAUUAUUAAAUUGUUGAAUGCUCCUAAUUAGAAGUUGGAAUUCAAUAGUAUUUCAUCCAACUUGUUCAAUCACGGAAAAGCUAUGUUUGUCUGUGCAAUUUAGAUAAAACUCAGCACUGUACUUAUGCAGCAGAAAAUUUACUCUGAUUUCUUGUAAUUGUUUAUACAAUUGUAAGAUGAUAGUCAAGAUCUGUUAGUGGAUGAAAUAAUCAGCCGAUGAGGUUUUGAAGCA